AGCUACAACUUACUAGCAUCUGAUUGUGAGCCAAAGCACCAGCAGUCAGCCACUUGCAUUGAGCAUUACGACGCAGUUGAGAACUUGCCUUUAUACAGACCUUUUAGAAGUUUGACUCGAUCAAAAUGAAGUUCCAAUACAAGGAGGAGCAUGUCUUCGAGAAGAGGAAGGCCGAGGGCGAAAAAAUCCGUCGAAAAUACCCUGACAGAGUGCCCGUGAUCGUGGAAAAAGCGCCGAGAGCGCGCAUCGGUGACCUUGACAAGAAGAAGUACCUGGUUCCUUCUGACCUGACUGUCGGACAAUUCUACUUCCUGAUCAGGAAGAGAAUCCAUUUGCGUCCUGAGGAUGCCCUCUUCUUCUUCGUCAACAAUGUUAUCCCCCCGACCAGUGCAACCAUGGGAUCCCUGUACCAGGAGCACCACGAAGAAGACUUCUUCCUUUACAUCGCUUACAGUGAUGAGAAUGUGUACGGUCAUUGAUCUGGUGUGCUAAUAAUUACGAACGGACACCUGCGAAUUAACAUUUUAUCUCAUUUCAUUUUGUGAUGUAACACCUAUAUAUGUUACUGAUUAUGACUUCUUUUAAACUUACUCCGCACUGAUCGAUCCAUGUUGUCACCUCUUCUUGUUGCUUCCUCAAGCCCUUGUAAAGUCAAACUUUUUAUUACGACAGACUUUAUAUAAAGUAGGAUUAGCAACACGUUAGUGAACAUACGAUAUUGUAACUUUUGUGUUUUGAUAUAGAUUUAUGUUUCCAUGCUCCAUAACAUUAGGAUGGACAGUUCGACUUAAGACCAAAAUGAUUGUAAAUGUUGUAUGACAGACAAUUGGUAGGAACUCCUUCAAUUUUAUGGGAUCAUUCAUACUAUUAUUUCAAAUAACUAGAUUUAAUCAAAUAUUCAAAAAUCCAUAAAAAUGUAUAAAAUGAGUUGAUACAGGAAAUAAAAAAAAUAGAUUAAGUA